CGCUUGUGUGUUUGCUACUUAGAUUUGAGGAAAUCUUCAGUUAUUGUCUUUCCGAACAUUACUCUCCGAAAAAAUAUAAAAAAUCAAUCCCAAAUGCAUUAGAAUUUUGACGUUACAGUGCAGUGGCUCCCAGAGAAACGUGAAAAUCAGUGAGAGAAGAAAACGAUGGAGAUGGAAGUGGACAGCGAGAAGAAGCAAGAAUACUUGAAAGAGAAGGACUUGUUCAAAGCAGCUGAAGAAGGUGAUGCUGCAACGUUCCAAGCUCUCUCCGCUGAAACUCUCUCCAAAGCGCUCUCUCUCAGAAACGAAGAUGCUCGCUCCCUUCUUCACGUUGCCGCCUCUUUCGGCCACUCCCAGGUGGUGAAGACACUGUUAUCUUGUGAUGGGUCUGCUUGUGUGGUGAAUAGUGUCGAUGAGGAAGGUUGGGCACCGCUUCACUCCGCCGCCAGCAUUGGGAAUUUGGAGAUAGUAGAUACUCUAUUGAGCAAAGGAGCUGAUGUUAAUCUGAAAAAUGAUGGGGGUCGCUCUGCUUUACACUAUGCAGCCAGCAAAGGUUGGAUGAAGAUUGCUGAAAUCCUCAUCUCGCAUGAUGCCAAGAUUAAUAUAAAGGAUAAGAUUGGUAGCACUCCAUUGCACCGAGCAGCUAGCACUGGUAAAUCUGAUAUGUGUGAACUUUUGAUUGAAGAGGGAGCAGAGGUUGACAUUACGGACAGAACUGGUCAAACUCCUCUGAUGAAUGCUGUGAUUUACCAUAACAAAGAGGUAGCUCUCCUUCUGAUAAGACAUGGAGCAGAUGUGGAUAUGGAGGACAAGGAAGGGUACACAGUACUUGGUCGUGCUACAGAUGAAUUAAGACCUAUAUUAAUCGAUGCUGCCAAGGCCAUGUUGGAGUAAUAUAUCUGUAAGAAAAUGAGAAAAUGUUAUCACUAUAAAAGAGCAGAAUUGUGGUAGUUAUAUUAUUGGAUUCAUUAGUAGUGGUUUUCUGCAAAAACUCAGACCAUCAUACCACUGUUCAGGCAAAAACUCAUCUUUACCUA